GCUCCACCAGCAUCGUGGUGAAGGGUGAUGCGGCGCGCGGCCCGGCCGUCGACCCGGCCGCCGACUGCGACCGAGACUCGCUGGAAGGCGAGGCCAGCCGCCGCCCGGACAUCCCCUCACCAGACUACGGCAGCGACGCCGAGGACGUGGACGGCAUCCCCAACGACUACAUCGGCGACGACCAGCUGGACGAGGGCCUGGGCGAGUCGGACGCGCGCAGCUACUACAACGAGGACCCGGGCCUGGAGGUGAUCCUCGAGGAGCCGGAGGACGAGUACGUGACGUCAUCAGAGGAGGAGGAGGAGCCGGCGCAGCGCAGGUCGCUCCGCUCGCUGGAGGGCUCGGAGGGCAUCGGGUCCGCCGAGGGUGACUCCGGCUCCAACGCGUCCGUCGAGUCCAGCAGCGGAGUCCACAGUGCAGGUGGCUCUCCGACGCUCCGCCAGCCCACGGACGAGCGUGAGGAGAGAAUCCAGAAGGACCGCUGCGUUGAAGUCUAUCCGGAGACUAUGCGGCAGCGGAAGCAGGCCAAGAAGCACAAGCAGGUGGAUGCCAAACAGUGGCCGGAGACCAAGGACGGCGGCCGGCGGGAGGACGGCACCAAGACCAUCGACAGCCCGUCCAAGAUCAAGAAGCUGCUGCCGUCGGUCAAGGCGCUCAAGUCGCAGUUCGAGAGCGGGCCGGCGCCGGACGCGCCGCGCAGCAGGUCCAAGGACAAGUCGCCGUCGCCGCCGAAGCCGACCGCCGAGCGGACGCCAGUGGCGCCGCCUGCCGAGCGGCCGCGGCCGACAGGUGUCGCCACCGGCGAGUCCGCCGCCGCUCCGCGCACCGUCAGCCCGCAGCGGCCGGCGGCGCCGGGCCCCGCGUCGGCUCAGGCGCCACCAGCCAAGAACGGCGCCGGGGCCAAGAAGGUGUACAUUCCCGACGAUCCGGUGGAGGCGAUCUACGACAAAUUCGGCGAGGUGGACGAGCGGUUGCUGAAGCAGAGGAUCACCACCCUCUCCUGGGACCCGACGUCGCUGGUGAGCCGACUGUACGAGGUGCCCGAGCCGGCGCACCGGCCGCAGGGCCAGGAGAAGGGCUACAUCAACAUCGAGGGCUGGCUAGAGAAGCUGCCGUCCGGCCGGAAGAAGGCCACCUUCUGGAAUGCCUGGAAGCGGCGCUACUUCAAAGCCAAGGACGGCUUCCUCUAUUACUACCAGACUAACACCACGGAGAAGCCGAGCAUGGUGCUCCAGCUGAUGGGCGGUCACGUGGAAGCCAUGGACUCGUCCGUGGUGGGCGUCGACGACGGGGUGCCUCAAACGGUCCCCAUGCUGGGGCUGGAUGAUGGGAAGGGCCGCUACGUGGUGGUGCGCUGCAGCAGCCGGCAGGAGGCGGAGCGCUGGACGCGCGCGCUCCUCUCACACACGGUCGAGGACUACAACGCCACCUACGUGCAGCCGGUGGCAGUGCCGGCCAGCGUGGCGCCGGCGCGCCGCUGCGUGGUCAUCGACCUGGGCAGCUCGUCCAUUCGCGCCGGCGUGCUGCACGAUCAGCCCGCACUGCCGCAGCUGUUCUUCCCGGCGGUGAUGGUGACGUCACGCGAGGGCCGUCAACUGACGUUCGGCGCGGCGGCGCUGCGGCCCGAGGUGCGCGCCACCGGCGUGCUCUCCUUCCCGCUGCGGCCGUCCAGCAAGAUCACCAAGUACUCCGUGGACGUGCCGGCGCUGGCCGGCCUGCUGCAGCUGACGUUCCGCGAGCUGCGCGUCAGCCCGGCCGACUACAGCGUCCAGCUGAGCCUGCCGCGCAGCUUCAACACGGCCACGCUGGGCGAGAUCCUGCGCCUGCUCUUCGACAAGUUCGGCGCGCAGGGCGUCAACCUGACGCACCAGAGCAUCCUGGCCAUGUGGUCGUACAACGCCACGAGUGGCGUGGUCGUCGACGUCGGCGACCGUAUGGAUGUCGUGCCCGUCAUCGACGGGUACAUCGUGGAGGGCGGCGUGUCGCGCGUGCCGUACGGCGGCGUGCGGAUCCAGGACCACCUGCGCCACUUCCUGCUGCAGAAGCACUACUCGCUGGUGACCGAGGUCGAGUCGCUGGUGGUACGGCUGGCCAUGGAGCGGCUCUGCUUCGUGUCCGAGCGGUACGCCGCCGACCUGCAGCGCUUCCAGGCCGACCCGGCUAGCCUCGAGAAGUCCGUCUCGGUCAAGGAGUUCCUCGGUGACAGCGUGUCCUGGAGGCGGAUCACGCUCGACAGCGGCCGGUUCCAGGCCGCCGAGGGGCUCUUCACGCCCGAGGCUUGGGGCCUGGACAACAAGGGCGUCCACAAGCUCGUCCACAAGGCCGUGCAGGAGUGCAGUGUGGACAUCCGCAAGGAGAUGGUGCGCUCCAUUUACCUGGCCGGCGGCGUGACGCUGCUGCCCGGCUUCGCCGAGCGGCUGCAGGCCGAGAUGGACAAGCUGACGCCACCCUCAGUCACGCCCAAGGUGCAUGCAUCUCCGUACCGGUACCACGCCGCGUACCUGGGCGCCUGCGUGUUGGCCGGCUCCGACGGCUUCCAGCAGGCGAUGGUGACGCGCGACAGCUGGCUCAAGCUGGGCGUGUCGGCGCUCAAAAAGUGGACCGUGUAGCGCCCCGGGCGCCGCACUACCAGUGACGUCAUCGAGGGUGGUGGUGCUUCGUACUGGCCAUGUGGCGGCCGCGUGAGGCCGCCCUGGGCCGUCUGUGAUUCUCUGUGUUUCGGAGACUUUGCCGCCUUCGGCGGCAUACCAGUUGGUGAGGUUGUACAAAUAGUCGAGGAGCAAUUAUGCAGCGUUGUGUGGUCGAGGGCGCGCGGUGCGAAAGAUGUGUGCGACUACACCCUGAGUCAGCUCGUGGGAAGACGGAGUGCCCGAUGUUUGAUAGCAGCGCCGCAACCCAGUGGCGUGCAAGCGGAUGCCAGGCCCAUUCCGUCGUGUGACGACCACAGCUGGGUGCAGCUGGCGUGUCGACGCUGUCCGCCGGGUUCAGCGGACGGUACCGCGACCGAGCCUCCAUUCCGAUUGGCUGACGCUGGCUGACGUUAUAGGCCGACGUCAGACGUGCUUCCCGACGUCGCCGCGCGAUUGGUGCAAGGUCGAGUGUUAUUGCUCGUGAGCGUUUUGACGGUUUGAGACGCCGAGCUGCUCCUGUGUAAUGAUUUAUCUUUGAUGUUAUGAUUUCUUGCACUUGUAACUGCUGAUACCAGUCCAUAGUUGGUGUUAAUUUAUUAUAUCAAUGACUGGUUCGACCAUAAUACAUUCUAUA